AUGAAACACCUUGCGACCUUGCUAUCACACGUGGAAACGUUCACACUCGAUCCCUCGUACUUCCGCCCUCUCCCUCUUGACCAAUCACAAGCUUAUGAUUCCAUAUCGGUCACUCCCAGACAAAGCAAACUCUUCAACUUGACCACUCCUCGGACAGUCAGACCUACCUCGAGGAAUGUAAAGUAUCAUGACGUCGUUAUGGAGGAUGACCAUGUCGAGAUCGACGACCAUGAAACCUCAAUCAUACGUACUCUCAAACCUCUACCUAGAUCACAUCUCGUCACUGAAACCAACCAUCCAUUCGCUAUCGCCAGUCGAAUCCCCACGUACCCGUACCCGUUCGCAGCCCACGCAAACCACUCUGGUGACGUCGACGCUCGAGUCGUACCUCGUCUCACCCAAGAUAAUGACACCCGAGUGACUUGUUCCUUUUCCGACACUUACCAAACCACUGGUUCCUCUUCCGACACCGACCAGACUUGCCACCCUCACGUGUUUCCUUCACUCGGCGUCAGCGUCGAAACGAUCCAAGAGAGAGUUGAGAACGCAGGGCGAUCUGGUCAUGGACCCCAGUCAAAGCAUGAUAAACAUCCCUGGGUACAAGAAAUCCAUCAUCAUUAUAAAGUUUUCAACCAAAUCGACAUGUCGUAUAAUGAUAAAUCCGUCAAGAAUAUCAAUGUCGCGAAUGAUUCUUCCAUCACCACUACCAUCACUAAUAACGUUCAUCCUCUUCUUUCUCCUUCUCCUACGACACCCCCGCCGGCUUCGACUCGGGCUCGGGCUUCAAACCCACCCCCACCCCCUGCCCCACCGCCACCCUCGACCGAAGAACCCAUGCAAACACCCAGACCGCCAGGCGGCACGGGUCUGUCGUGGCUGCAAGAGCUGAAAGAUAAGAAACCGAUAAUCGAGAGCAAGAUGAGAGAUAGAGCCAAGGAAGCUCAAGACAAUGAGGUCGUCGAUGCUUUGAGAGAAGAGGAGACGCAGAGACGUUUGAGGGGCAUGUUGGAUAAGGACCGAGAGAAAAGAGGGAAGCGAUGA